AAUCCAUUGUCAUUGACGUAAAUCAGCACAGCUGGUGUUUCAAUAUAAAUACACUUUCUUUACGAAAAUUUUGUCAUUUGAAGUCAAUCCGAGGAAGAGUGAGGAACAUUUUACAACAGCAGCGCAAAUAAAAAUGAGGGUGUUGGGAACAGUUCUAGCUUUGAUUUUUGUUACAACGCUUUGUGCAGUAAGUACAUAAAUAAUUUUGAAACCAGUCUAACGUAUGUCUAACUUGUUACUAAAUAAAGCAAACUGACCAUAUUAAAGUAAAAUAGAUUUUUUAGUUCAGGCGGCCGUAUACGUCUUUUUGUUUACCAUACAGCGCGGUAUAGCUAUGUAAUAAAACGACAUCAAAGAAGUAUAGGCACGCAAUCAAAUAUCAAAUUUAAGUGAAUUUCGUUGAAUCUAUAUAUUAAAUUUCCCAGGGCCUUUUGCUGGUUUAUCUAUAGUUUUUGCGAUUAAAAAAACAAUAAAUUGAAAUAUAUAAUAUUUUUAACGCAAACUCUAUAUAAAAUACUGACCGUGGUCGUGGAUGUCACAGUUUAUGAAAUGGAAUCAAAUUUUUCUGCUGAGCCUAUGCUUAUCAGGGCAUGCCUGUAACCUGUGUGACUGAGAUUUGAUUUUUUUACGUAUCCUUUUACUGUUCUAAAUUGUUCUAAAUAAUAUUUGCGAUUAAAGCCAAUAAAUUAAAAUAUUUUUUGUUGACGUAAGGUAACUACGCAGGAGAAAUUGUGGGCAUUAUUUAGAGAGCAAAGCUGAAGUAUAAUACAUCCUAUUAUCUUGCAUUCAUAAAUGUCUUGUACGCUUGACGUUUCCAUCAGUGGCUUGUUUGUAGCGAUGCAAUUAUAGAUGACUUAUUUGAUGGUUAAACCCCCAUUUAUAAGAAUUUUCAGCUUCUCGGGCUAAACGGGGCGACUGAACAACCGAAAUAUUUCAGUGUUUAUAUGUUUUCCUCGAUUGACCAUUUGACCUUUGCGCAAAAAGAAGUUUAAUACGGCAACUGCAACUCCCUCGAAAGUCGAAACGUCGAAGUUCUGCUAACAUAUUUUUCAGAUAAUUGUAUCUCUCUCGAUCCGCAUCUGCCUUAAGAUUAUCAUUUCUAUAUUGCACAAACUUUACAUGUGGAUGCUGUAUAUAAUACUAAUAAUUAUAAUAACUUUAUUCAUAACAAAAUACCAAUAUACUGCAUGCAUGGUAUAUAAUGAGUACAUAACAUAUUAACAUUGAAUAAAAAAUAUUAAAUCACAUGCAAAAUCGUUGACUAGUAUACUAUAACUGGACAGGAUAUUUAAAAUACCGAAUUAUUUUAUGGAUGUUCAACGUUAGUCAGUACAUCAAAGCAAUAUUUAGCUACCAAAUUAUUGAUGGAUUUGGUUUUCAUUGCAAGAAUAUAUAUAAAUAAAUCGUGAUUAUUAAAAUAACUAAAUGAGUGGUUUAUCUGGUUAAGCUUAUAUAUAAAAACGUCCCUGAUAUUAAUACAUUUUGCAUUAUUGCACUGCAUUAAAUAAUGUUGUUCGUUUCCUACCUCGUUUAAAUUGCAAUGCUGACAUAUUCUUUCAUCAUAUGGAACAUUGCGAUAUCGACCUGUUUCAACAGGUAAUCUAUGCACCGAAAUACUGAGCUUUGUAAUAGCUUGGCGAUGCUUAAUGUUGCCAAUUUCAGCAAUAUAUUUUUCAAAUUCGAAAUUUAUUUUUAAUCUUUUGAAUGUCCUUAGUUUGCCUUGAUUUCCGCUUUGUUGAAUAUUGUCUUUCCAGUAAUCGACAAAGCGCUCUUUUAAAAUAUUUUUCAAACAAUGGCAAAAGUUUUCUAGUUCUUUUUGAGGUAUAAUGAAAUUUUUAAGGCUAUUCACUUUUAUUUUGCAUAGUUCCAGCAAAUAUUUAGUAAAGGAAGUUGGUUGCAAGUUUAGAUCCAUACAGAUUUUUCCUGCUUCACCAACCAGAGUAUCCUAUAUACUGAUCAAAUGCGCUUUACAUCAUGCAAGUUCACACUUAUACCAGUAAUUACAUAUAUACUUAGCCUAUAGACUAUUUUAUCUUUGCAACAAUUGUGAUAUUAAUUUCUUAACUGUGUUCAUCCUGACCCACCCUGCAACUUUCUCUGUGGGAGGAAACCAUGCAUGUAUGACUUUCGGCAAAGCGUUGACUGACUGCCUGUAUUCACAUGAGUCCGUAGCGAGAAUCGAACCCUGGAUUGCGCUUUCUCUGACGACUUUGCCGCCGAAUUCCGCUUAUAUAAGUCUUAUCAAUGAAGAUAAUUAUCUAAAUCUUAAUUUAAACACACCAGGUGAAUCCAUACGCUUAUGGCCCUUGCACGAAUCAUAAUAGAGGGGAAAUAAUUGUUGUUAAAGAUCGCAUUAGCGACAAAAUAAUGGUCUGCGUUCGUCAACGUGCAUGGAAAUAUCAAUGGCAGGUGAUCAAUGGUACUAACAUUGUCAACACGCAGCCUCUGCCGCAUAUUAUUGGCACUUGUGAAGGUAUGGUGUUUAUGAAUAUAUAUUCAUGUUCCUUAUGAAUCUGCAUUCUAAAAAGUAAAACACCCUGGUUAAUUAAAAAUUGCCUACAUGCAUGCAGGGUUAAUCUAAAAUUAACACUGUUUGGGGUAACUUCAUGUUCGUGGUUAAAUUUCCUAGUUAAUUUGAUCAUAGUCCUGGCUAAUUUAACCAGGAAUUUUGGUUGGUCUAACCAGGCGGUAUAGUUCAACUAACCAGACUAUGUUGGGUGGAUUAUUCAACAAAAAUUCAUGGUUUAUAAUCCACCUAACAUAAUCUGGAUAAUUCAACCGUAUACGGUAUAUAUAGCCUGGUUAAAUUAACCAGGAUUCCUGGUUGAGUUAACCAGGCUAUGAUCAAAUUAACCAGGAUUCCUGGUUAAGUUAACCAGGCUAUGAUCAAAUUAACCAGGAUUCCUGGCCAAAAUUAAGUUACCCCAAACAGGAUUAGCUUUAGAUUCACCAGGAUAUUUUAACUGUUUAUUCUAUUGUCCAGAGCGAACAAGCUCAUGCAGUCAAUAAGUUGUUUAUUAUAUAUGGCUAAAACAAGAGCAUUCUUCGAAAUUAGUCUCGUAUAUGGACUAAUAUCUUACAGUCCUAAAGCUUAAUCAAGGCCACUUUGAACUUACAAUGUAAGGCUUACUUUGUUAUAAAUAAGUCAUUAAAGAAAAAGUGCGCAGAUUAAUGCUAUGCAACAUGGCCACUUUUCUGUGCCAUUGAUGGUCGUGAAUAAAAUUUAAUUAAUAAUUAAAAGGGCUCAGCCCACUAGCGUGUAAUCUUGCGUCCUUCUGUUACUGAUCUUUAUUCUGUGUCGAUAUCGAGCUGCCGACCGCGCUGGGGCUUGGUCUCUACAGCGAAUAGUUAUUCACCGAACAUUGAAAAUUAUUCGGGGCUUAUUGACCAAUCACAAACCGAGAAUAAAGUUCGAAUGUAUAAUAAUAAUAAUUAUUACAGUUUUACUCUGAACCCAUUUGGUGUUUUACUAAAUAUUUUCUAUUUGACCUUUCCCCUUAUAUCCAAAAUUUUGAUCUAGGCAAGUCUAGACAAAUAUUUCAUCACAGCUUGAAAGAGCAUCACAAAAUUAGUAAUAUUCCAAAGUUUCGUUGCGAAAUGUUGUAAAAUGAGGAAAAUAGAGCCUUGCGAAGUUUGCAAUUUUCAGUCAUUUUGCAUUAUAAACGGGAAAUUGCAGCCCCAACACCCGAAUCGGAUGUCAAUUUCCCGUUUGUAAUACAAAAUGACUGAAAAACGGCAAACUUCGCAAGGCUAUAUUAUCCGCAUUUUACAAGAUUUUGCAACAAAACUUUGGAAUAUUACUAAUUUUGUGAUGCUCUUUCAAGCUGUCAUGAAAUUUUUGUCUGGAUCGAAAUUUUAGUUUAUAUAAGGGGAAAGGUCCAUUGGCUGAUGCCGCUCUUUUUGUUUUUAAAGACGUUAAAGUGCAGGCAUAUGAUACAUAUGAAUCAUGCAAACAAAUAUUGACAAGUGAAAGGUAAAAUGAGGGUCGCAUGUUCUUUAUACUUUAUCAACUUUUUGGGUUUCCAAUGAAAUUUCCAACUGACGUUUUCUGCAUGAGUUAUAUAAGGCAAAAACUAAGUUAGAAAAUAUUUCGUUUAUCUUACAGCAACAAGGGAAGUGGUGUUUACCAAAUCAGUGUUGGGAACAAUAAAUUUACCGACGUGUAUUGUCAAAUGACGUCAGUCUCAGGAUGCCAAGGUGGUGGUUGGACAAUGGCGAUGAAGAUUAACGGACGCUCGGUAAGCUUUCGUGCAGAUUUAAAGACCAUGAUUGAUGUAAAGUCCGUUCUGCGCAGGCUUACAUUCCAAUGGUCAGGACCCGACCGUUGGAAUGUUAUUAAUAUUUCGUAUCUUUUGAACUUUCUUGAAUUGAAUCUCUAGUCUGUAUUCAUUGACAAGCAUAGAGAACCAGAAGAGUGUUAAAAAUUCAGUAUAAUAUAUAUCUAAUCAUAUUUUACAACAGUAGCAUUGACUUCAAAAUGUAAAUAUAGCGUUUGUUUACAUUACGGACUUUACAUGGUCUUUAAUGAUUUAAUGCCUCAGUUAAUUAAAGGGUAAUGGCAAUAAAAAUUUUAUUGCUUUAUCUGAAAGAGCAUGAAAAAAUAAGUCGAUUGGCCGUUUACUGCUCUAUUCUAUCUCAUCUGGUUCCGAAGUUAUACGCAAAAAUGUGCAAAAUAUAAAUUGCUGAUUCAGCACAACGUGUGACGUCAUUGGUAGGGUAAGUAUGUUUAAUGAAUAGUAAACUGAAGCAUAGCUCAGUUAUUAUUGGCUCAAAUCAAAUGACAUUUUACAUACAGAUAGUACAUGAUGAGACGCAUGGGAAAAUACUUCUAAUUUUGUUGUCAAGGCAACGCAGUCGUUCCCAGGCCCCUUACACUGAUUUUGAAUAACUAGUUGCAUUUAUCUAUGUGUAUGUCAUUUUCGAAUUAUUAUCAUGGAAGUAAACUUUUGGCAUGCAUAGGUAUGGUACCAUAGAAAUAUUAGACCAAUAUUAUGUCUAUUAUUUCUAUGUAUGGUACACAUACUUCUGACAUUAUUUUAUUCUUAUAAGUACCAUGAAUAAAGCUGUUUUAUAAAAUUGGCGCAAGGGGCCUGGGAACGACAUUGUUACCUUGGCAACAAAAUUAGAAGUGUUUUUCAAUGCGUCUCAUCAUGUACAAUCAGUAUCCAAAAUUUCAUUUGAUUUGGGCCCAUAAUAACUGAGCUAUGCUUCAGUUUAGUAUUCAUUAAACAUACUUACCCUACCAAUGACGUCACACGUUGUGCUGAAUCAACAAUUUAUAUUUUGCACAUUUUUGCGUAUAACUUCGGAACUAGAUGAGAUAGAAUAGAGCAGUAAACGGCCAAUCGGCUUAUUUUUUCAUGCUCUUUCAGAUAAAGCAAUAAAAUUUUUUAUUGCCAUUAGAAUUGGGUUAGGGUGAGCAUCAAUUAAUUAUAAGGUCAGGUUUAGGUAGGAUUAGGAUCAGAUUUAGGAUUAAUUUAAUGUGAGAUGAAGGAUUAAAGUCAGUUUUAGGGUGAUUUUAACGCAUUUGUUUUUAUAGAGUACUUUCAAAUACAGUUCCGAUUAUUGGACGAAGAAAAACACUCACAAUGACGAUGCCUAUGGACGAAACGGCGGUUUAGACAACCGAGAAUAUAAAGGAUCGUCUUAUUGGAGAACCUCAUUUAAAGAAAUAUGUGUUGGUAUGAAAUAUGGUGGUCGUUUAAGAGCCUUCUCUUUCUCGUACAAGGCAUCAUCGCUGUAUGAUCUGAUCGCAGACGGAAACCAUCGACACACUCACGUUGGUCGCGCGCAGUGGAAAUCAUUGAUCAGUGGAUCAUCCUUACAGCAUAACUGCAACCGAGAGGGAUUUAACUUGCGAGGUGAUUCAACGCUGUCUAAAUUUAAAGUAACUGUAAAAGUUCGGUUGGGCAUUAUUGCAAACCAGCAAAAUGAUUGCAGUACGCCCGACUCUUACGUUGGCCUGGGAGCUGAAGGUGGUUGGAAUUAUCCCGUCGAUUCAAACUGGUGUCAGCCGCCAGACAAAUCUCUCAACUCGGCGGGUAAUCUUGCCCAGUGUAGUCCAGACAACGGAAACAAGAAUACCAAAGCCAUGGCAUACAUACUGGUUCGUUAAUAAAUAAAUAACUCAGUGUCGGUCCGAUUUAUACCAGAGAUGUAUACUGAUGCGUCGAAACCCAUCUGUCUAACGAAUCACUCAGUUUAAUUAAGGCCCAUCUUCACUCAAGAAAAAUUUCCACGGCCAGAAAAGUUUCAAAAAAUAUCAUUUUUAAAAGUUGAAAAUUCUUCAAAAUUUUUUUCCGACGGAAAACUUGUGUCGGCCAAUCACAUUUUAAAAAACUUUCUUUCUGCGGAAAAUGUUUCCUGAGUGAAAAUGGGCCUUUAAGGCUAUAUUGCAUGUAACUUUUUUUUGCUGCAAUUUGCAAUGAAGUUUCCAUGCAUGUUAACUAAAAAAUAAUUGCAGAGAAAUUGUAAGCUCAUGGCUUACAGUUUAUUCUGCUGAUAUUUUCAUAUAUUUCUUUUAUUUUUCAUCCCUUGAUGGUUUUGUGAACAAAUCAUGCCUGAUAUUCUCCUGAUAGCUUGUCUGAUGCCGUCGAAAUAUCCAGAACUAUCUUAAUUUUUUCUGCUCCGCGCAAAAAUUGGUCCAAACGCAUUGGCCGUCUCUAGCAUAAAUCGGGUCAUUCACAUUUAAGAUUCAUUUAACAUAAUCACAAUAUGGCUAAUUAUAGUAUAGUAUAGUAUAGUAUAGUAAAGGAACUAGAUUAAAUCUUCAAUGUUAUAAUCACCAAGGGUGGGUUGACUACAAAAUUUUUGUAGUUCGCUAUAACUACAGCUACUUCAAAAAUAUGUAGUCAGCUACAACUACUGCUACUUUUGAACAAAGGUAGUUCGCUACUGACUACAGCUACUGCUUUAAAAAUGUAGCAACUAUUUCGCUAUUUCGCUACUCUAUAAUUUUAGUUUUACUGUAUUUGGAGCAUCUACUAACUCAAGCUGAAAUGUAACCUAUAACAAAUCGACUUACGAGUAGCAACAGUAAACACAAAGCGACAUUUUUGGUAAGCACUAUAGUGUUCAGAAGUGCAAAUGGACAAUUGAGUAUUGAUUUUAAGCAAACCGUGUCUAUAUCAUGCUAUUCUAUAUCAAGUUGCAAACAAUUUUAAAAAGUAGCGAAUAGCGAUUCGCUGUUUGAAAAGUAGUCAACUACUUGGCUACUUUUAGGCAAAAUGUAGUUCGCUAUAACUACAGCUACUGUUUUAAAAAAGUAGUCAAAAACUACUGCUACUUGAAAAUUGUAGUUCGCUACAGUAGCGAACUACAACUACUUCGCUACUAUACCCACCCUUGAUAAUCACAUAGUGGUAAUAGCACGAUAUUAAUUUUACUUUAAGUUGAUGAUUAUCAUAUACUUGCUUUAUUUUAAAUUAAUCAACAUAUUUCAAUUAUCAGAAUUGCAUGGUUAAAAACUUUGCAUUGCGAAAUGCAGUCAAGGGUUGGUACUUUAUGUAAUCUAAAUUCAAGUGUAAGAACAUGUAAUCCAAAUGAUGUAAUCUUAAUUAAACCAAUUUGUCGAUCAACUAGUGUGCUGAAAUUAUUAUAAGUACAAUCUGCAGACAUGCAUGUUUCGGCGUUGGUACACGUCUAGAUCAUGAUACAUGAGCGUGCUCUCACCAAGUGCAUGUGCAUGGUACAACACGAAGGCAUCGACGCAUCUAAACAUGCGCAGAGUGUAUAAAUAGGGCCAGAGUGCUCAAACGACCACAAGGGAAGUGAUCAUAUAUAAAACGCUGGGUUUCUGGUUUCUCGACUCUACUUAGCUUUUGGUGAUUAAUUUCAAUACAUAAAAACUAU